AAAUGGUCGCCAUGACAAUUAGACGCUUGGAAAAAAGAUUGCUAGACGCUUGAAAAUGGCUGACCCAAAACAUCAACAACCACAACAAGAUGCUCCUCAUGGAAUGGAGCCCUAUGAUGUAGGCGGUGAAGGAAAUCUUGGUGCUUUAAGCAAAGAUCAACAAGAAAAGCUGAACAAAUACAAGAUAAAGACAAGAAUAGAGAAUGAGAAGUAUCUUCGAGAACAUCCUGAAGUAGAAUGUCUGAUCUCUGGUUUCCUACAGGACGUUUUGACAAGAAGACCGGAAAAUAUUCGUGAAUUUGCUGCCGACCAUUUUACCGAUUCUGAUUUGCCUACAAGAAUAGAAAGAAAAUUAGAAGACCGACAGCAGAGAAUCAAACAGAACAAAUUCUUACAGAAAGUCUAGCUAUAAUUAUUAUAUGUGUAAAUCAUCUUUAUCCAAGAAAGCAAUAAAAAUCGGAACUUGA